AACUUUGAAAAUAUCAAAUCUCAUAUUGACUUCUACAGCACGACUCAUUGUCUGAACUCUCAACUCUCAAUUAUAUAUAUAUAUAUAUUCCCGCCAUUCUCAGCAACUCACUCCCGCUCUCUCCCAACCAAAACCUAGAAAAAACCAAAAAAUGUCGUCUCACAAAUCUGCUAAUUCCAUCGCCUCACUUGUUGUCGACGGCGACGCUACUCCCGGAGAAGUUCACCUAAUCAUCGGUCCAAUGUUUGCUGGGAAAACGACCGCUCUUCUACGGCGAGUCAGAUCUGAAGCUAAUAACGGAAGAAAUGUUGCGAUUAUCAAAUCGAGUAAAGAUACGAGAUACGCGGUUGAUUCGGUCGUAACUCAUGAUGGUACUAAAUUCCCUUGCUGGCCAUUAACGAAUCUCUCAUCGUUUAGAGAUCAAUUCGGAUCAGAUGAUUAUCAAAAGUUGGAUGUAAUUGGGAUUGAUGAGGCACAAUUCUUUGAUGAUCUAUAUGAUUUCUGCUGCAAAGCAGCAGACCAGGAUGGCAAAAUUGUCAUAGUUGCUGGCUUGGAUGGUGACUAUUUAAGAAGGAGCUUUGGUUCAGUACUUGAUAUCGUGCCACUAGCUGAUUCUGUAACGAAAUUGACAGCUCGAUGCGAGAUUUGUGGGAAACGGGCUUUCUUUACAUUGAGGAAAACCGACGAAAAGGAGACUGAGUUGAUCGGGGGUUGCGAUUUGUAUAUGCCUGUUUGUCGUCAACACUUUGUUAACGGACAAGUUCUUAUUGAUUCACAAGGCAAAGAUUAGCUAAGCUCCAACUCUUUCAAAUUGAAGCCAUA